AUGGAAGGCUUUAACAACAAACGCUUGCAUGUGAAUUUCAAAUUGAACAACAGAGAUAGCUCACAAGAUGUUCCUGCCUUAAAAUCUCGAAUGGAUCAGAUUGAAGGGCAAAAAUCUCUCAGAGCUAGUUAUGGAAUAAAAUAAGAUGACUUUUGAGGAAAUCAUAAAUCUCAGAGGGCAUAGUGAUAAAGCAAGUAAAUCUUCUAAGUCAGAUCUCUCUAUUGAGGUCCAGAAGAGAAGGCGAGCUCUGAUGCAAAAGAAAAUGAGCUUUAUUCAUGAUCAUGAUUGGUCUAAAUUUAACCGAAAAUCUAUCGGAAAAUUCUUAUCCAAAUCUUGCACUCCAGAUGUUUAUAUUACUAAUGGUUCUGAAUGCAAAGAAUUUAGUUAUCUAAACAAUGUCCAGCAGGGGUUUAAAUAACGAUAUCGAUAGAAUUUCUAGAAGGAACAUUAAGAAUCAUCUAAGAAGAAGGUCUUGAAACUGUUGCUUUUGUGGCAAAUUCCAUAAAGAAUAUCGUGGCUUCAUGAUCAUUUUAGAUGAGGAAAGAAGAAUUCCCCAGAACACACGACAGCUUAAAUAAAAAGCAAACACGGAAUUUAAAAGAUAUAAUGUCAACAAGAAGAGAUGCAUUGAAUAAAAUGAUUAGUUUAAAGCAAGCUUCAUCAAUAUUUUCUGGAUUGAUACCCGCCAAACGGGAAAGAGAGAAAAUGGACAGGGAUAUACUCCAGCUUGCGAUAAAGAAGGCUGAGUAUUUGAAUUUUAAGGAAAUACCUAAAUAUUUGAAGAAAAUUUCAUUCAAGAAUGACAAAGGCUCACCUAAUACUUUUAGCUGUCGAGAUAUCCAGAGACAAAAUAGUGUUCAAAGCGACUUUACUAACAAGACAGCUUCUCAAGCUUUGAUGAGUUUUCUUUCAAAAUACUCCUCUGCCCAUUGCGAUCAUACAAAUCUCGGUUGUUUCAAGUGAUAUGCUUUGUUAGAGGCUGAUUUGACCAGAAAGCGUAAGAGGCGGAUUUGGAGAACUAAGGCUAGUUUGGAUGUACUUAAUGUACCCAAGGUGAAUAGUAGGAUGGCUGAAGUGAAGAGGAUAGGCAAGGUUAUUCAGAUCUCUGGUGCUCAACUUGAAAAUCUCAAGAAGAAAACUCACCGAAGACGGUUUUGGAAAAGACAUUCUUCUGUAAAAGGCCCUAGUCGUAAUCAAACUCGAAUCAACACUUUUAACUCCAAACGAGGUGUUCACCCAUCUGUGAGUUCCACUCACAGAGUGGAAAAGCCCCAGGUUUCUGCCUUUAAAAGGCGCAGAAGAAGCCAACAAGAUUACAGAUUAAGAACACGGAUGGAGCAGAAGAGAGAACAGAUUAGGAUUAAGCAGAAGGAAGUAAGGAGGAUGAGUACUGGGAAGGAAGGAAUUGGGGUGAGGAUGAGAAGUGUGGAGAGAAAGCAUAGAUAUAGUGUAGAGAUCAAUCAAAAUGAGCACAAAAACCAGACCCUCAGAGCUAAGAAUCUCAAGAAAAACAGAGAUAUACUAUCCAAAAAGAGCAUUAUGAAUAUCUCAUCAAAAACAAAAAAGAAUGACUUCUUAUCCAAAAUAUCCAACAAAAACCAGUCUAAACAACUCUAAAACUCCUAAAAUCACCCAUCCCACAAAUUUCAACCAA